AAAGCAGCUGGACAUGUGCAACGCGGCCGCAGUGCCAGCGGCAAGCGAAUCGAUGCAAACAAUCUCCGCUUGUAACACGUGGAUGAUAAAUCGGUGCGUCCUGCGUGUGCGCUGGAGUUGGGUACCUGUGACGUUACUGGGGCUUGUUAUAGGGUUCAACAGAAAAAAGUACCGCAGAAGGACCAAUGCCGUGAAUGAACACGUUCAGACGCGAGAGACAGAGACGGUGAGAGGAAAGGAGGGUGGAGGUUCUGCAAACUUGUAGGCGCUGUCCGUGGUUCUGGAUCACGCCUCUCAAUCUGCCAGCCAGGUCCAUUUUUCCUCUUGUCCAUCUAUUUUUUUUUUUUUUUUUUUUUUUUGCUCGCACCUGUGCGCACCGAUGAUCGAUGACCUCAAGGAUGAUGGAGCUCCGCAGUCUCUGCCGCCGGAUUUAGACGAACAAACCCUCCCACGUUGUUCACUGUUUGAGAUCAUGGAAGAAUGAGCCGCUGGAUUGUUAAAGGCUGAGUGAGAGAGAGAGAGAGGGGGGGGGGGAAAGAAAAUGUUUCUGAAGGCAUCGUGCGUUACGUUGUUUCACAGGUUAUCUACGGACUGACCAGCUCCAGCCAGAUUCAGCCGGGGACCGUUCAUAUCCCCUGAGGAAUUUCAACACCUUUACGUGUUUAAAAACCAAAAUGAACAGUUGAGGCUUUGUUGCACUUUAAAGAUAGGUGCUUCAUCCCCUUUUGUUAUCUAAAGAAGAGCAGCCACCUCUUACCGAGGCAUGGGUCGUCUGACUGUUUUGGUCAACUCGGUGCUCCUGUUGCUUUUUGGCAGCGACAUCUUCUUGGUAGGAGCUAACCGGCCCCCCGCCCCGGUCAACGUGUCCGUCAUGCACUUACGAGCCGACUCAGCAACCGUGUCCUGGGAGGUUCCAGAGGGGGAUAUAAUCAUAGGAUUCUCCAUAUCUCAACAGAGGCAGGAUGGACACAUGCAGCGAUUCAUUCGUGAGGUCAACACCACCAGUCGUUCUUGUGUUCUUUGGGACCUGGAGGAGGAGACGGACUACAUCAUCCAAGUCCAGUCCAUUGGGCUUUAUGGGGAAAGCCAAGCCAGCAAGAAAGUCCAUUUUCGCACGCUCAAGAAAUCUGACCAGUUCUCUUCUAACAGCUCUAACCAAGACGAUCCCACAGUGCAGGGCUUGGACAAGUCUCGGCAUCUUCAAACGGGGGAGAUGAUCAUCAUUGUUGUCGUCUUGGUCAUGUGGGCAGCUGUUAUAGCCCUGUUCUGCCGGCAGUAUGACAUAAUAAAGGACAACGAUUCCAGCAACAGUAAGGAAAAGGUCAAGCCGUUGUCGGAGAGGAGCACGCCGGAGCACCACAGCGGAGGACUCCUAAGAAGCAAGUUUCAUCCCUCUGUGCCAUCUAUAAACAUCAUAGAAGUCUGAUGAGAAGAUGGCCAAACUUGAACUGUUGCGUCUUCAACUGUUAAUGCUUUUUUUUAUUAUUGUUUCUCUCCAAGUUGAGGAAAAAAAAAAAAAAAACAUUCAGAGAAAAGCAGAAAUGAGGAUUGAUGAAACAGUUAACAGAAGACUGAUAUGCAUUAGUGCUUGUUUCGGGGAGAAAACACAUACAUUUGUGUUCUGACACAGGAAGUCUUUGCAAUUGCUGAAAAACUAUUUCCCCUGCAGAUUAAUAGGACUUGAUUUAAUGUUAAUCCACGGUGCAGAAAACACUGAUGUCUUUGCUGGGUGCUUGCUUUAAAGCUGCAAUAUGAAACAGUAAUUUAUCAUCUCUGGGAGGCGUAUCUUUGUGACGCUAAACGCGCGGCGUAUUUUUGAUAUUGGCAUGUGCAGUUAUUAUACUGUGUUCACCUCUUCUAGACAAGUGCGAGUAGUGUUCAUAUGCUGCCUGAACAUUAUACUGCUAUGUGAUUACUGUAAGUAGGAUCUGAAUAGGAUCGAAGAAAGUUUGUGUUAAAAACCUCUCUCUGAAAAUAUCAAUACCACUUUUUUUUUUUUUGGUCCAAACUAAACUGCUAAUUUUUGGAUAACACUGUGUGUUUUCAUAUUUCACAUAUAAGAAAUAAAGUUGCAUGCAGGGCGUGUAGAAAACCAUUCAAACUUAGAAACUCAAAAUGGAGAAAUAAAUGCAUUUACAUGUGCCAAGAAGCUUUAUUGUAUAUUUAGUUAGUCUGCUUUCAGAGAAGGUUGCUACAUCUUAACAUGCAGUGCAUAUUUAUUGUAAUUUCCUGAACACGUUUUUUUUUUUUUUUUUUUUUUUCCUGACAUGUAUAAUAAAACUUGUUUGGAAAUGUCUCAUUAAUAAAAUAAAGCUGAUAUAAUAAAGGUAAUUGAA